CUUGGCUUCUCCGGAGGAAAACAAGAAGAGAGCAAUGGCGAACGUCCCUGAAGACAAGAGGAGGGAGGAGGGGAACCACCCGGACCACGCUCACAAAAGCCUCCUAAAAAGCGACGCCCUUUAUCAGUACAUACUGGAGACUUCCGUGUACCCUCGCGAGCCCGAGUGCAUGAAAGAGCUCCGGCUCAUUACGGCCAACCACCCCUGGAAUGGAAUGGCGGCGGCGGCCGACGAGGUGCAAUUUCUGGGCAUGCUGCUGAAGAUGCUCAACGCCAAGAACACCAUGGAAAUCGGCGUAUACACCGGUUACUCCCUCCUUGCCGCUGCCCUCGCCCUCCCUGAUGAUGGCAAGAUACUGGCGUUUGACAUCAACCGGGAGAACUACGAGCUCGGACUCCCCAUGUUCAAGAAGGCUGGAGUGGCCCAUAAGAUCGACUUCCGCGAGGGACCCGCUUUGCCCGUCCUGGACCAAAUGGUGCACGACGAAAAGCACAAGGGAUCGCUCGACUUCGUGUUCGUGGAUGCAGACAAGGAGAACUAUCUGAGCUACCACAGGCGAGUGCUGGAGCUGGUGAGGGUAGGGGGUGUGAUCGGCUACGACAACACCCUGUGGAAUGGAUCAGUUGCGGCUCCGCCGGACGCUCCCCUCCCCGACCAUGUUCGACGCCUAAGAGGCCACAUUCUAGAGCUCAACAAGCAUCUUGCGGCCGAUCCUCGUGUCGAGAUUUGUCACCUCUCCAUUGCCGAUGGCCUUACUCUCUGCCGUCGUCUUGCUUGAUGCUAGUUUCAUGAAUCCUUCAUCUUUGGUGCUUUCAGACUAGACCUUGUCAUUCUCAUCCUUAGUUUCUUCUGCAUUCAAAAUCUCACCAUCUCUGUUUAGCAGUCAAAAACUAACAAGGCGACAAAGUGGAUUUAGCCGGUUGUUAUGGAUGUCGAUGAUUGAAGAGGGAAAGAACCGGACAACGUACGAGUGCAGCUCUGAAUUAGAGACUUCACCAACUCCUUACCUAUCCGUUUCACCUACUGCCGUGUCUGUCCACCAUUAUUGUCUAGAUUGAUAACACGUCAAUAAUUCUGAAUAGGUUGUUGUAAGUUCUCCAUUCCUCCAGCGAUGCAAUGAUAAUAGGCAGGUUAAGAGAGGGUCAGUUUUGGAUCU